AUGGUAAAUUUGGAAGCACAGGAACUUGUUGAAGAAUUAGAAGAAUUACCUUAUGAAGAAGAUGAUGAUUUUUCAAAUGAAAGUUUAAUGGAAGAAGAUAGGGAUACUGUCAUGAGACUAAAUGAAGAAAAUACUAAUUGGGAGAUAAUGAAGACAUCAUUAGGUUCAGAAAAAAAACGAAAGAGAGAACCAAAUAUGUUCAUCUCUUAUCGUAAAGAAAUGAUGGAAAGGAAACCACCUAAUAUGUCAAUGACUAAAUAUAGCAAACUAGUCUCAUAUUGGUGGCGUAAAAUCCCAGAAAAUGAAAAGGCUGAGAGGAAGAGACAAUAUCAAAUAAAUCGAGAUCAAAAAGCAACGAUAAAUGGACAAUAA